AUGCUAGCCGAGCAACAAGAGAGCCGUCGGGGCUGGCCUCAGAUCCGUGGCCUCGCUCUCAGCACAGCUAUAUGCCCAUGGGACGCGGCCUUGCUCGAGCGGUGGGCCCGCUGUGUCCGGUGCCAGCGCUCCCGGCGUCUCGUGAACUUCACAGCUCAUUGUAUUCGAGCACCAGCACUGCAUGACAAAUAUAGAGUCCACAAUAUCUUACAGGUAAUACUGAUUGUACCUCAGGAUAAAGGAAACAGCUCAGAAAUAAUUCAAGUACUAGCUAAAAACACUAUACAGAGAGGAAAAGAUGUCGGAUUCCCAUUAAUACGAUUCGAUGUCACCAACGAUUUCAUAUGUAAGUGCUUGGAAGGAUUACAGUUGAAAAAAGAAUGGCAGCUCUCGUACCAAAUUAUAUCAGAUGCAAUGAAUAAUAAAAGUAAUCGUGAUACCUCUGACAAAAACCAUAUAGACAAACCUGAACAUGAAGACAGAAGCACACCAGUCAAUAGAAACUUCAUUGCAGUAUACACAGCUCUUUCCGAAAUUACUAGGUUUUACACCAUGGGACUGCGAUUAGUGCCUCUGGCACUGAGUGUGCUGCAUAUCACAGCUGCUUUACCCGCCAUCACCUUGCAGGAUUUAGAAGUAGCUGAUGACACCAUGUCUGUUGGUUCGUAUAUACGAGAAGUCAGGGCAGCUGCGCCUCAGGAUUACCACAAAUCUUAUGAACAUGAGGGUGACGGUGAAGUCGGAUACUCGCGAAAAAAGUCAGGCGGAGGCAAAAAAGGCUAUCAGCACUUCGAUACCUUCCAUAAGAAGGCCGGCGAUAACUACGAGUUCGAGAAGUCAGACUCUUACGGUCUAGAGAAGGAGGGCCAAGACGCCGCUCACAGUCACCGCCACGAACAGAGAGAAAAACUGAAGAAAAAACCUGAAGAUGCAGAAAAAAUAGAAGGCGAUCAUGAUGAAGGGCUUGGAGAAAUUGAACACGAAGAAUUGAAAGAAGGAGCGCCGGAUGGAAAUGGAGGAGUUGAAGCGUACGGACACAACCCAAAAGACUACAUUUUGCCCGAAAAGUACACAUACGGUGAAGGAGAUGAAUACAGUUUUUAA